GUCGGCAGGACGGGUGCAGCGGCGGGCCCAGCAGAAUCCCUACGACGUUUUGGGCCUGGGCCGCACAGCGGGCUACGACGAUAUUCGGGCGGCUUUCCGUCGGCUGGCCAGGAAGUAUCAUCCAGAUGUCCCAGACACUGGCGACGAUGACCGGUUCCGAGACAUCCGGGAGGCGCUGGAAGAGCUGGGGACUCCGGAAGGCCGGACUCGAUGGGCCAGGCCGAGCCAAGCCCAAAGUUCUUACAGCUCUUAUCCCAGGACUGAUCCGUUUGAGAAGUCCUGGAAGCAAGAAACCAGAAGGCGUUGGCAGGAGCAGGAGCGUGCGAGAGAGCAAGAGAGGAGGUGGCAGAAGCAGAGGCAACAGCAAGAGAAAGAGGAGGCCAAGAAGGCCCGGGCUGCAGCCGCGCAAGACACAUUCUUCUCCAAAGAGCUCAAGAAG